GGAGUGAUCAUGGGGAGAUGAGGAAGAAUAACAGUGGUUAGCCAGCAGCUGUUGAAGUGUUUUUUCGACCGUUUGAGCGGCGACCUAGCGGGGGGGCCAGCAUGGCUAACAUCACCAAGAAGGUUUCGUGGUCCAGCCGAGCCGACGAGUCCGCGGCCGCCGGGGAGGGGACACCGCUGCUCAACGGCUCCGAGCAGCCGCAGCACUCUAGACAGCUGUCUGGAGGAGGCAGUUUAUUUCAAAUAGGCAGACUCAGCACGGUGGAUUUGGAAGAGGAGAUAACAUCAGAUGAGGACUCUCUGAGGGGGCGGCCUAAAGAGAUCCCGCACAAUGAGAAGCUGCUGUCGCUUAAAUAUGAGAGUCUGGACUAUGAUAACAUUGAAAACCAGCUGUUUCUAGAAGAGGAGAGGAGGAUGAGUUAUAUGGGUUUUCGCUGUCUGGAGAUCAGUCGCUGGGUGGUCUGUGGUCUGAUCGGCUUUCUGACUGGCCUCAUUGCCUGCUUUAUCGACAUCGUGGUGGAGCAGUUGGCUGGGAUCAAAUACCAAGUGGUCAAAGAGAACAUAGAAAAGUUUACAGAGGCGGGUGGACUGUCCAUCUCUCUGAUCCUCUGGGCUGUCCUCAACUCCACCUUCGUCAUGAUGGGAGCCAUCAUAGUUGCUUUUUUUGAACCCAUAGCAGCGGGAAGUGGUAUUCCUCAGAUAAAAUGUUACCUAAACGGAGUCAAGAUUCCCAGGGUUGUACGACUCAAGACACUGGUGGUGAAAGUGUGCGGUGUUAUCUGUUCGGUGGUUGGCGGUCUUGCUGUCGGGAAGGAAGGUCCCAUGAUUCACUCUGGUGCUGUUGUAGCUGCAGGAGUCUCGCAGGGCAGAAGCACCUCUUUAAAGAGGGACUUCAAGAUCUUUGAAUACUUCCGGAGAGACACAGAAAAAAGGGACUUUGUUUCUGCUGGAGCUGCUGCUGGAGUUUCUGCUGCUUUUGGAGCACCAGUUGGCGGCGUUUUGUUCUCUCUAGAGGAGGGAGCUUCCUUCUGGAACCAGAUGCUGACAUGGAGGAUAUUCUUUGCCUCCAUGAUCUCCACCUUCACUCUGAACUUCUUCCUUAGUAUCUAUCACGCAAAUCCAGGAGACCUUUCUAAUCCAGGUCUCAUCAACUUUGGACGCUUCGAGAGCGAUAGUGUGGCCUAUAACCUCUAUGAAAUUCCCUUGUUCAUCGCUAUGGGAGCUAUAGGUGGAUUGUUAGGAGCACUCUUCAACGUUCUCAACUACUGGCUGACCAUCUUCAGGAUUAGAUACGUUCAUCGGCCGUGCUUGCAAGUGAUGGAGGCCAUGUUGGUUGCUGCAGUGACUGCAACGGUGUCAUUCGCCAUGAUCUACUUCUCCAAUGACUGUCAGCCUCUGGGGCCAGAACACACUGAGGAGUAUCCGCUGCAGUUGUUCUGUGCAGAUGGGGAGUAUAACUCCAUGGCAACAGCCUUCUUCAACACUCCCGAGAGAAGUGUUCGUAGUCUCUUCCACAAUCAGCCAGGAACCUACAAUCCUCUGACACUGGGUUUGUUCACACUGACCUACUUCUUCCUGGCGUGUUGGACUUAUGGUCUGGCCGUGUCUGCUGGAGUCUUCAUCCCGUCUCUUCUGAUAGGAGCAGCCUGGGGGAGGCUCUGUGGAAUCCUUCUGGCCUCCAUCACCUCCAACAGCUCCACUAGUGCACAAGACAGCACCGCGAUCUGGGCUGACCCUGGGAAAUAUGCCUUGAUUGGAGCUGCAGCUCAGUUAGGUGGCAUUGUGAGAAUGACUCUCAGUUUGACCGUCAUUAUGGUGGAGGCAACAGGAAAUGUCACAUACGGCCUUCCCAUCAUGCUUGUUCUCAUGACUGCCAAGAUAGUAGGAGAUUACUUUGAAGAGGGCUUAUAUGACAUUCACAUCAAGCUGCAGAGCGUUCCCUUCCUGCACUGGGAGGCUCCUGCCACCUCCCACUGGCUGACCGCCAGAGAGGUGAUGAGUUCUCCAGUCACCUGUUUGAACAGGGUAGAGAAGGUGGGAACCAUCGUCGACGUCCUUAGCAACACGUCAACCAAUCACAACGGCUUCCCUGUCGUCGUGCAGGUUUCCGGGAGCGAUGAGUCAGGGAAACUCUGUGGCCUCAUCCUUCGCUCUCAGCUCAUCGUUCUUCUCAAGCACAAGGUUUUUGUGGAGUUGGCCCGAUCCCGGUUGACUCGGCGGAAACUCCAGCUAAAAGACUUCAGAGACGCCUACCCUCGCUUCCCCCCGAUCCAAAGCAUCCACGUCUCCCAGGACGAGAGGGAGUGUAUGAUGGACCUCACUGAGUUCAUGAACCCAACGCCUUACACAGUACCACAGGAAACAUCUCUGCCACGCGUGUUUAAGUUGUUCCGAGCUCUGGGGCUUAGACACCUGGUAGUAGUAGAUGACGAGAACAGGGUGGUUGGACUGGUGACCCGGAAAGACUUGGCCAGAUAUCACCUGGGCAAACAUGGACUCGAGGAGCUUCAGCUGGCCCAGACAUAGUAUAGACACACACAGACACACACAUGAACUAUGGCCACCUAUUGCCUCAGAAGCUGUUGACCACCAGCUAUGCAGCCCACAAGGAGCUCUCUCUUAUUCUUUAAAUAUUUAUUAAAAAUAACUGCCCCUCUGUUAAAUUACUCUGAUUUGUUAUUUGACCGACACUUUACUGAUUAUCCACCAGGUUCUCGUGAAGGAAACACGCAAUACUUUAGUUGCUUUGAUUUUUUUUUUUUCCUUUUUGUUUUGACUGUGUCUUACAUUUUUGCUGCAUUUUAUCUGCAUCUGUGAAGUCGGAAUGACAGGAUCACCUAAAGUAAAAGCCCGUUUGCCAGUUUACCAGCAGUUUCAUCUGCAUUUGCUGGUAACUGGAAAACUUUCUGCUUUGUUUUAUCCACAAGAACAUUCACAUGUAUGUCUGUCUGUUGUUAGUCCUAUUGUGCCUCCUGACCAUCUAACCUUACCAGUUAAACAGUUUAUAGUUACCGUAUGAAGUCAUGCAGAUGGAUACUACGGAAAUCACAUCUGGUCCGGUGUAGAGGAUUCAGGGGAUUACUGUGAGAAAAGAAUUUGUUUUCAUUUCAUUAUUGAUGACUUGAAAACAGGAAUCGAUGUUUCUACAGUAGCCCAGAGUGGACAAACCAGACACUGGCUCCAGAGAGGGCUUUUUGUGUGUUUUGAGGUUGUAGUGUGAGUCGAGAGGUAUUCAAUUCACUGGAUGCAACCUAAUCCCGCACACCGGACCUUCUAAUUACAUUUUAAUGUGGGUGAGAUUGGUGCUUUUUAUGUCUUUCUAUUGAGACUUCAAGUGGUUUGCUUUCAAAAACGGAUUCCGAGUAAGUGUUCAAGUGUUCAAGAGUUUAUGUCACAUCCACUAUGCAGUUAAGGUUUGCAGUGUUUUCCAUGUUUGUGUAGCUUUGCACUGAAUGAAUGCUGUUAUUUAUUGUUGAUGAUGAAUGCUUGUUUUAAUUUAAAGUGUGUGGGUUGGGCUGACGUGUGGUCAAAAUGUAGGUUUUACGUUCCAUCAUUAAGCACUCUUUCCUGUUUGAUUUUUGGGUGAAAGUGAGAAAACUGAAUAUCUGUCUAUCUAAAGACAGAUCUGUUAUGUGGAGAUGUAGAUCCUUCCUCCCCCCUCUUUUUCUAUCAGCUUUAUUAAGCACACACACACACACACAUAUGUAUAUAUAUGUGUGUGUGUGUGUGUGCUACAGUCAGUACAAACUAGACUGAUACUCAAAGGUAUGAACGUUUUUUAUCACUCCAAAGUUUUGCACUUUGACUGCUACUGAAAAAUCUCUGUUUGUUGAGAUGCACCCACAAGUGUCCCUCGUGAAGCUCUUUAUGAAUGUAAACCGUCAUUUACCACCUAUGUUCUCUUUAAAACUAAUCAGUUUAUCUUAGCUUUACCCAGACAAGGUCAUAAAACACAUUUUUCUCUGAUUAAUUAUUUAGUGAGUUUGUAAAUCUAACAUUUCUUCAGUUGUCAGUGUUAAUUUUUUUUUUUUGCGCAUUUCAUUGGUUUUACACAUUUUGUUUCCCUUUUGUUGUACAGUUUUAGAUGUAAAAAACGUCAACUUGUCUCUAUUUUAUAACCACUGGAUAAACAUUUUGUGAAUUAAUAAAGUUGAAAUGUCUCUAUUGUUGUAA